AAAUGAAGUCGCUGAGGUCCCCCACCCCCAAAAAAGGCAAUGGGGGUGACGCUCAGAGUCUGGGACUGGCCAUUUGCUCCCCAUUCAAUCUCCCCCAGCGCCUUCCCCCCGAGGAGGCGCUUUCUGUUCAGCCGUCUGGAGGGGCGCCAAGCCGGUGACAAAGGAGGCGCAGGGUGGGAGUUCAGGGCUCCGCUUGGAGGCCGGCUCAACUCCCCGUCUCGCUGGAGGGGGUCCGGAAGGGGCCCGGGCGGCCACGCUGUCCCCCUCCAGGCGAUGGCGACUCCAGCCAAGCACGUGUCCACAUACGUCCAGCAGGGCCCCACGUGUGUCCCCCCUACGGCCGGGCUUCUGCUCCUUGGCCACCGGCCCCCGUCCUACCCCGCGGGGACACGUGUGCGCGGGGAGCGCGCCCGGCACCGCCGGGGCCGAGCACGGCCUCCCACACUCCAGCGGCAGCGGGUCGCAGCAUCUGCCGGCGCGGGCCCCGCGAAGCCGCCUCGUCCGGGCAGAUGUCACCUCCCACAGCCGUCGUGGUGCCCCUCGCCCCCGCAGCCGGGCUGCACUCGGGUGGGCGCCGCCGAUGGGAGCCGCCCCGCGGGCACUCACCGCGCGCUCUGCCGCCGCCGCCGCCGCUCUCGCCUCCCCGCCGCGCCGCGCGCCCGGCUUCACCUAAGCGCGGGGGCGCGUCCGCUCGGCGCCGCGCGCGCUCCGCCCCCGGUCCUCGGUCCGCUGCGGCCUCUGGCUCCCUCUCCUGGCCGCCGCGGCCACUGCGCCCGGCGGGCCACAGCCCAGCGCCAAGCCCUCACCCUAGGUCCCCAAGGGUCUUCCCUGCGUGUCCGGCCUCGCGCCCGUGCAUGGGCCGGGGACCAGGGACUACUCCCGUCGGGCCAGCGGAUGGCGAGGUGCGCUGGGACGAGGUGUCCUAGGGGAGGAGCGGGUGCUGGGACCCGCUCCUCACCGCCACCAAAGGGCAGAUGUGCAAUCCCGCACAGGGUGACUUUAUAUCCAUCGGGGCUGCAGCCGUUACUCUGUAGCUGGGGCCCCCUCUCUCCCGGAGACCAGGACCAAGAGGAGGCGCUGGGCCGGAGACCCUCGCAGCAGGGGCCAGGCCUCUGA